GUAAGUAAGUACUCAACAUGUGUUUAGAGCUCUGCACGGCUGAAAAUGUCGGCGGUCGGACUUACUUGAACUGAUAAAACAAAAAAGAUGACGGAGCUUAAUAAUGUUCUGAAGAAGCUGAUUGAGACAACGAGACACAAAAAUAAAUGCACUCAAGAAAAGGAGUUGGGCAACGUUUGCUGCAAGGUGAAAGCACUACUUCAGCAACCAGCAAGUAUUCCUGCUUGGUACAUGUCCCAAGAUGGUAGAGACUGUCUAAUAAAAGCUAUCAUAUCAUUGGCUGAUAGGGCUGGGUUCCCUCAACUGCUGUCCAAUGAAAAGGAUGAUUGUCACAAGGAAUUCUCCAGAGUCACAGCACUCGCUGCGUCCACAUUAACAGCUAUUCUGACACACCUCCAGGAUGGACACAGUCCAUUGGUCAAUACCAACGACCCGCAGGAGGAAGAGUCUCAGCGAUUGGUCAGAGAUAUUCUACGAGCCGUGACGCCACAUUGCCUGGUCCUCAUUGCUAUGCACCGAGACCAGAAUCAUUCGUGGACUGAUAGGCAGGCAAAACAAGCCACUGAGGAUCUCAGCAACGUACUCUGCCAGAUAUCAGACUGUAGCUCGACUUCUUGUCUACUCAGUGAGGGCCUCUCCAAGGACCAAGACCAAGACAGUCGCGGUUUCUUCAGUCCGGUUCUAGAUCUUCUUAAGGAAAGAUUGACGAGGGAGAAAUGGGAGAAAGAACCAGCUGCUAGGCAAGCCUUCAGUUGGUGUCUGUUGCAAAUGAAGCAUCCUCAUCUUGGAGAACAUCUGGAAAGAGUCCUUCCUCCUUCGUUACUUUUUGUCGAUGACCAUAAGGUAGCCAACAAGUUGUUAGGCAUUCAGUGUUUAAAGCACAUUAUAAACAAUGUGAAUCCUACUGAGCUACGGUGGUAUGGCCGAGCCAUGGUCAUUUACGAAGCCCUUCACCAUCAGCUGUUCUCACAGAAGCCUGCCCUCAUUGUUCAGCUCCUGCCAUGCUUGAUAAGCAUUCUGGCUGUUGUAGAGAGGUCUCCCCAUAAAGCAGAUGAACCAAGAAAUCCAAACCGUUACGACAGUGUCUUGCAGACUGUACUGAACAGCAUGGAGUUUGAGCAGACAUUGGCGCUUCGUCAGGCGUACGCUCAACAUUUGCAUCUUUUCAUUGACUCCAUGGGGAUUACUGUGCUUCGAAGUAUCAAGAGAAUUAUUCGUGUGAUUGUGAAAUACCUGGAGGUUUCCGAUGGGCAAGAUGACGUAUCUAGGAUGAACAUAUUGCUGUCACUUACUUCACUUAUACAUCAGGCGUGGCCAAGGAUGCAAAGCCACUGGGAGGUUCUUGUGACAGUAUUGCUGAAGCUGAUGCACAAUGUCUGUGAUGACUCCUAUACAUCACCACAAACAGUGAGACGGUGUUUACUGGACAGGAGUGCGGAAUGCCUGAUACUACUUAGAAGAUGCUGCAGUGAGGAUCUUAAGAAAGCUAUGCAAGAUGUUCAUCUCAUAAGCAGUAAAGAAAACAGUAAAAUGGAACACAUCAUCAAGAAGGUUCUUGACGCAAGCUGACGUCAAACCACUGAAGGCUGUAGCAUUUUUGCUGUUCGCUAAACUCCAGAAUGUCUGCCCUUUGCAGGUAACGAGAACGACAGUUCUUUUCAGAACUGAGAAGUCCCUGAAUUCUGAAAAAAAUCUACUCCGUGGUAGUAGAAUAUGAAGCAAGAUAGUUCUCUAAAGAACAAAAUUUACCUGUCAAGUAGAUACACACAUGGUGUUACCAUCAAUCCCAUAGACGCACUUAUUCCUAAGAAACAAUUUCAUGUGAGUUGAAGAUGCUAUGAAUUGGAAUCUUGCGCUACAGUGUACCUUGGCUACCAGCAACUCAUGUGGGAUC